AGGAGGAGGGGAGCGCGAGAAGGGUCAGGCGCGCAGGGCGUCCGCGCAGCUCGGCUCCAGGAAGGGCGCGCAGCCUCCACCGCCAGGAUGCGGCCGCCCGCGCUGCUGGCGCUGCUCAGCUGCUCCGCCGCUUUUGCCGUGGUGUCUGAGGAGAUAAAAGAAAAGGCCACGCCUUCCCAGGAUUCGGAGCAGAGUAGUCUAUCAAGGAAGCACGACAUAGAGUUAAAAGAAAUUGUGUUUGUCAUCCAGAGUCAAAGUAAUUCUUUUCACGCCAAGAGAGCAGAAGAGCUGAAAAGAAGCAUCUUAAAGCAGGCUGCAAAUCUGACACAGGAUCUCCCCAGAGUCGUCCUUCUCCAUCAGCUGGCGAAGCAGGAAGGUGCUUGGACCAUCCUUCCCUUGUUACCGCACUUUUCUGUAACAUAUAGCAAGAAUUCAGCGUGGAUCUUCUUCUGUGAAGAAGAGACGAGAAUACAAAUCCACAGACUCCUAGAAACACUUAGGCGAUAUGAUCCAUCUAAGGAGUGGUUUUUAGGAAAAGCUUUGCAUGAUGAAGAAUCAACCAUUGUCCACCAUUAUGCCUUCUCUGAGAACCCUACAGCCUUUAAGUAUCCCGACUUCGCUGCUGGCUGGGCCCUUAGUAUCCCACUUGUAAAUAAGCUUACCAAGAAGUUAAAGAGCGAGCCCCUGAAGUCUGACUUCACCAUAGACUUAAAGCAUGAGAUUGCCCUCUACAUCUGGGACAAGGGCGGAGGACCUCCUCUCACUCCCGUGCCCGAGUUUUGUACAGCCGAGGCCGGCUCCCACUGUGCCACCACGUUCCAUUCCUUCCUACCGCUCUGUGGAACACCAGUGGAGAAGGCGGCGAUUUUUGUUGCAGUGAAAACAUGCAAGAAAUUUCAUGGCGACAGAAUCCCCAUCGUAAAGAAGACAUGGGCAGCACAGGCAAGCCUUCUCGAGUACUACAGUGACCACGCCGAAAGCGCCAUUCCUACAGUGGACCUGGGAGUCCCCAAUACGGACAGAGGUCACUGUGGAAAAACUUUUGCCAUUUUGGAAAGGUUUUUGAAUCGCAGCCAUGACAAAAUAGCGUGGUUAGUGGUUGUGGACGAUGACACAUUGAUCAGCAUCUCCAGGCUCCGACAUUUGCUUAGCUGCUACAACGCCAGUGACCCGGUGUUCCUGGGUGAGCGCUACGGCUACGGGCUGGGCACAGGCGGCUACAGCUACGUCACGGGAGGCGGUGGCAUGGUCUUCAGCAGGGAAGCCAUCCAGAGACUUCUUGCCAGCAACUGCCGAUGCUACAGCAACGACGCCCCCGACGACAUGGUCCUGGGCAUGUGCUUCAGCGGGUUGGGAGUUCCCGUGACACACAGUCCCCUCUUCCAUCAGGCUCGGCCAGUAGAUUAUCCCAAGGACUACCUCUCCCAUCAGAUUCCUAUAUCGUUCCACAAACACUGGCACAUUGACCCGGUGAAGGUGUAUCUCACGUGGCUGGCACCCAGCGAGGAAGACGGCGCCAUGCAGGAAACACAGAAGGAUCCAAGAGAAGAGUUAUAGAACAGAACCUGGGAGGAGCAGAGAGAGUCACCCCAUGCACUGAGCUGUGGUCCAGCUGCUUGGGUAUGCCACAUGAAACAGACACUUCUCAGCCUUCGUGGAAAUAGGGUAUUUUUUGAUGGGUGGACUCGGGGGAACCUGGGAAAUUCCUAGUUCUGAGUGAUGUUGUUAUUGUAACACAGUGAUUACUGUGCCUCUUUUUUUUU